GGCGUUGACACUGACAAGCGUCAACAGUUAUCAUCAUUCAGUUCGUUUACUCCAUUCGUUCAGGGUUUGUCAUCAAGUGAUUAAACAGUGAAUACAAGAAAAAAUGGCGACCGAAGUGGAAGACACAAUCAAGAGGAUUCAGGCCCAUAAGGGGGUAAUGGGAGUUAUCAUAGUGAACCACGAAGGUAUACCCAUCAAAAGUUCGCUGGACAAUGCGACAUCUGUUCUGUAUUCUGGUUUGAUCGGUCAGCUUACUGAAAAAGCCAGGAAUGUUGUGAGGGAAAUGGAUUCCACAAAUGAGCUGACAUUCCUCCGUGUGAGGAGUAGGAGACACGAGAUUCUAAUUGCACCAGAUCGUGAAUUUAUACUCAUUGUCAUACAGAAUACUUCAGAUUAACUCUGAACUGAGGAUCUAUUGGAUGGCUUAAAAUCUAGACUUAAAAUACUGCUAAUAUUGUUUUCAGGAAACAGAUAUUUGCAGUGAUAUAGAAAAGAUCUUUCUGUAUACUUUUAAGCUCUGAUUGAAAUCAGCCAUUGCAGUAGAACUCACUAAUUUAGGUCUCACUUAUUGUAAUUUUAAGCUUUGAAAUUAUUACUAAGAAUAACUUAAUACUACCUUAAGAACAAAAUAUUGUCUUUGGUAAGUGCCAUCUUGCAAUACCCUGGCACCGCAAAAUGAAUUAAAAAAAAAUACCGAGUUUGUUUGCUUGGGUUUCAAUUGCAAGAAAAAGAAAAACAGUUUAUUGGUCUAAGUUGCAACUUUGUAUUAGUAGUAAGGAUAGCUUCAUUAUUUUAUAAAAUGGCUAAAUAUUCUGCACCAGUAGGUAAUGUUUGGCUCACAUCAA